CCUGUUUUUCUUCUUCGUUGGUGCGCUCGCCUGCUAAGGGAAGUGUCCUCCAUGGUGUCAUUGUAGGUAUCUCGAGGUUGAACGUCCAGAAAUAAGCGAUGUCUGGUUACACACCAGACGAGAAGCUCCGCGUCGAGCAGCUCUCGAAGCUCCGGAAACAGUGGCUGAAGGACCAGGAGCUCAGCCCGAGGGAGCCCGUGCUACCGGCCAAAGCUCCCGGCGCCGUCGCCAAGUUCUGGGCUGGCUUUCUGGAGCCCAAGAGCCUGUGGAGACUUUACACCUACAAAGCAUACAAAGGUGGAGUUUUCACAUUAACACGCCUCUUGCUACCUGCCUGGGUUGUUCACUACUAUGUGAAAUACCAUGUGGCUCAAAAGCCAUAUGGCAUUGUGGAAUUGAAGCCCAGGUUGUUCCCAGGUGACACCAUCCUGGAAACUGGUGAAGUUGUUCCAGAUCUGCCUGAGUCCCAUGGUCAUCACUGAAGUUGAAAUGUUUCAAUCAUUUUUCUGUUGUAAAAACUGUGUAUAUGCCAAUAAAAUAUUACAAAGUCA